AUGGCGAUCCAGAAUUUGCCCGUCGUCCUCCGUGUACCGGUGCGAGACUACCUCUUGGGUGGGAAAAGAUUGCUCGUACAAUCCUCGAACCUCGAUUUGCAGUCAGCGACUCCCAACAUCAUUGUCCGUCACGUUGAGGGUAAUAUCAAGAACGAGACUCGGAUCGUCAAAUCAGCCGAAGAACUCACCCCCGAUGGCAAAGGCAAAGUCUACCACGCCGAGGCCCACGGAAUUCUUGUCUCCGCUACAUCGAAAGCCAGCCACUCUCCAGUGUGGGUGCCGGGCAAUAUCAAUAAAGCCUCCAAGAAGGAUGAGACCUACGUUGUGGAUCUGGCGACAUUCGAAGCUUCGAAAGUUCCUAUCGCUCAGGUCUGCUGGGUACCGAGCCGUCAGGGGCCAGAUGGCACCCUAUACACGAUUCUGGGCAGCACAUUGAGGCUAGCAAUGGAGAAGUCCAAGCACGAGGAGCGUAUCCCGGUAAUCGUCUAG